UAGAAAAAAAUUUUUUUAUCAAUAAAAAUGACAUGAACAAUGAAAUCUAUUUUGAGUAAAAAGUCUUACUCCAUUCGUAAAGAAAAAAAAUCCAUCAUUCACUAACGACAAACAUAUCUAUAGUAAAUAUAAUUGUGUAUCAUUGUAGCAUCGUAAUAUUAUUGAUAGAAAAUUAAUUAUAAAUAAUAAAAUGGGAAUGAGUGAAAUAACAACUUGGGUUUUAGUAAGACGUUACGAUAAACUUGAUAAUGAAAAUGGACAAUUACAAUCAUGUCUACAAAAAUUAACUCUAACAUCUGGUAUUGGAAGUGAUGAAUUGAAAAAUUUAAUAUUUCGAUUAAUUGAUAUUCCAGAUGAUGGUAAUAGAGUAUUAAAAAUUCGUAGAUAUGAUAAUAAUCUUAUUCCUCAAUCAACACUUUUAAAUGGAUCAACAAAUGAAAAACCUUUUAUUAUUGAUGUUGUACAAGUACAUCAAUAUUGUCCAGUUGAAAGACGACAAAUACUACCAGGAUAUAUUGAUGCACUUAGAGAAACAUUUUAUAGUAUUGAAAAACGUGUUAUGAUUGCUGAAAAAACAUUGCCAAAUUUAAAUGAUACACAAAGACAAGCUGUUGAAGAUACAAUAUCACAAUUAUCAAAUUGUGUAAGUUUUUUAGAUAGAAGACUUGAUGAAUUAUCACCUCCAGCUUGGAUUAAUCAAGUCAAUUCAGUUGUAUAAAAUUAAAUACAAUUUAGAAAAAAUUAAAUUAAGGAUAAAGGUAAAUUUUAAUCAAGUAAAUAAAAUUAAAUUCAACUAUAAAAUCAUUUAAAAGAC